CAUGCUAUUUAAAUACAUGCUAUUUAACGACUGAGAAUAUUAGAUCUAUUCAUUGAGUAGAUCCGGAAUAAUUAUGAACUGUUUACCGUGUAAAAGGAACAACAACAUUAAUAUUGCUGACAAAUACUGUGUUGAAUGUCAGGAAUAUUUUUGUAAAACAUGUGUAGGAAUGCACGAAAAUUUCUCUUUACUUGCUAAACAUACACUGCUCGAGAUCACCGGCGGAACUGAAGUUGCUGAAACUGGAAGUGAAGAACUGCAGAGAUUAACAGGUUCAACAGUGCUUCAAGUGCCGACGGAAAGAUGUUUAAAACAUCCAGCGAAAAUUAUAGACAUGUACUGCAGAACACACGAUAUCGUCGGCUGCUCUGUUUGUUUUACCCUUCAUUACAAGGGCUGUGACGAUAUUCAUUACGUACCAGAUAUUGCUCAGGAAUUGUUUAGUACUGAUGCUCUUCAGAAAUCUGUAUCUGAACUUACUGCCAGUAAAGAAAAAUUGGAACAGUUGACGGAAGCAUGCUUCACUGCCACGAAUCAACUGGCGAAAAUGAAGACUGCGUGUUUGGACAGGCUAAAGGCUUUCCGAAAUGAGAUAAAUGAAAUAGUUGAUGAAUUAGAAAGUAAGACGAAAAAGGAAAUUGAACAAAAGUAUAACGACUUAGACAGAAAGCUUUGUAAUGACAAAAAGUCUAUAGAUGCGGUAGUACAUAAGAUGGAAAAACAACUUGCACGGCUGAAAGUUACUGACAGUAAUAAAUCGACUUUAUUUGUAUCUGAAAAACUAUGCAAAAAUUUAGCGUCAGCCGCCGAUGAUUUACACAGAUUUGUGGGUAAACCUUCAAGGAAAACAAAAUUAUUUUUCAAAGGUGAUUCUUCCAUCCAGACGUACCUCAACCGUAUUUCAUCGCUUGGAUAUGUUCGUGAUCAGAAAAACGCUUUCAGCUCUAUUAAAGAAAAGACAACUCACGACAUCAAAGUAGACAAUGAUGCAGACACUUGCAACAUUUGGGGUACCUGUAUAACCGGGGACGACAACAUACUCAUAGCCGAUAACACUAACAACAAAUUGAAAUUAUUAGAUAAACAAACAUACGAAGUGAAGAGCUUUUGUAGUCUUUCAGCGUCACCAAGGUCAUUGUGCAGGGUAAGUGAGUCGGAAGCCGCUGUUAGCUUGAGUAAUAGAGUGAUUCAUUUUGUCGAAACCAAAGACACACUUACCUUAACUAGGUCUCUACAAAUGGAGCACAACUGUUUUGGACUUGCACUAACCAAAGGCAACAUCUACAUAUCCGAUGGCAGUCAGAAUGUGUAUGUGUACGAUAUGGACGGUAAACUACAAAGAACUAUCUUUCAAGAUAACAACGGAGAUACCAUAUUCUCUGAGAGCCGUGACAUUACCGUCAGUGAUGAUAGUGCUAAAAUUCAUGUAGCGGAUAGCAGAAAAGGUCUGAUUACUCUAAGUAUAGAAGGAAACGUGUUAUGGCAAUAUACUGGGUCAGAACUGAAAGGUGCAUAUGGCGUGUGCACAGAUGGUGAUGGCAAUCUUCUGAUUACUGGAAUUUUGUCACAUAAUGUAGUGCUUAUGAGUCAAACUGGAGAGAAAAUUGGCCCGAUAAUUAAUGCAGCUGACGGUAUACAAAGCCCAGUUUCUGUAUGCUUUGACCAACGUAAAUCAAGGGUUUUGGUCACUAAAAAUGGCAACCAUUUGAUCGCUUUUGAAUUUGAUUAAAACUGUAGCAGGAAAAAAAUCACUUUAAAAUAGGAAGAAAAUUAAUCAUUUGUAUAUUUUUCCGUUCCGUUCCAAAGUGACCAAGGACACAUUCACCUCGUUGUUAUGUAUGACGUUGUAUUGUAACCUGACCCGAUUUGUUUUCUUGUAGUGCUGGACGUUCGGAUAGAAAAAAUCUACAACGUAGAAUUUAUUAAACAUUGAUUUUUCAAAACUUCAAAAUAUACUCAGAAAAUUCGACAAAUAAAAAAGAUAGGGUCGUGUGUUCGAUUUUUUGCUCACUUUAAUCAUAGGCAAAUAUCUCAAAACUAAGCGCACGGACCUAUCCAUUUUAUUUCACCAUAUCAUUAGCCAUAUGUUAAUUUACGUCUCUGAGACGUUUCAUUAAAAACUUCAUUAUAGAAAAAAAAUCUAUUUGAGAAAAUGUUAUGAAAAUUGUGAUUUUCCCAUAGACUCCCUUUAUGUAAAGCGUGAGGUCCAAAUUUUUCAAAUCAGUGUAGCAAAAAAUCAAGCACACGACUCUAUCAUUUUUAUUUGCUGAAUUUUCUAAGUAUAUUUGGAAGUUUUGAAAAAUCAGGGUUUAAUCGAAUUUUACGUUGAAGAUAGAAUUUUGAUCCGAACGUGCAGAAGUACCUUAAACAAAGAAGACUGAAACUUGAUUUAAAGUUAUUAUGUCAAAAUCCCUGUUUGUGAAUCACAGCUAUUACAAUUAAUGGGUCAAAAGCACAGAAAUAAGCACAUAUUUGGUGUAUGUGGUCAAGGAUGUAAAUAAUAAUCCUUAAUAUCGUGUUAGACUCGAAAUGAUAUACUUCAAACCGUGCUUUUUCUUAAACAAAAUCAUUUGUCUUUCAUAUGCGUAUUUUACAUUGCUCCCUUUACAAACUUAAAGUUAUUACUUUAUUCAACAACAAGUGCACUGCUUGCGACACAUUUUUUCUUGAUAAGAUAACCCUCUAUAUAUUGUAGGGAUAAUGCAUGUUUUUUUUUCGUGUUACAGCAUCUGCAGAAUCCCGACGGAUUGCUUGAUAGGCAACUUGUGUAAACAAACGUUGACUUGACUUAUAAAGA